UGUGGGUGUAAGUGUUGUGAUGAAUGGCUUGCUGGCUCUUUGUGACCUUGGACAGUUUAGAAGUUGGCUGGAAUGCCAGAGAGUGGCAGUCACGUGAUGAAGAAUGACAUGGGCAGCUGUGGCCAAUCCAAAGAAAGAUUGCUUCAUAAACAUGCAGGGAUGUUACCAUCCUGCUCUAGAGUUUCACACUCCAUCUGCGGGAAAGACGCCUGGAAGAGUGACCAGGUUGGGCCUGCUGCACAAUGAGCAUUUUACAGCUUGUUUUCUUUGGCUUUGCUCAAUUUGCUGCUUGAUCCACUCUACCACAACUGAAUGCACAGGGGCAAUGUUUAUUCCUACCUCUGUCUCUUCAUCGUAUUGCCUGAAUUCUGAGGACGUACACACGUCCGACCAGCCUGGAACUGGAUAUCUUGUUUCCUAGGGGGAGAGCUGAAAUGGGUCAGGACCAAGCAAAACAGCAGAUUGAGAAGGGACUCCACCUGUAUCAGUCUAACCAGACAGAGAAAGCACUCCACAUUUGGGCCAAGGUCUUGGAGAAGGCAUCUGACCCUGCUGCAAAGUUCCGGGUUCUUGGCUGCCUCAUCACUGCCCAUUCGGAGAUGGGAAAAUAUAAGGACAUGCUGAAGUAUGCCCUAGCUCAGAUCGAUACAGCUCGGGAGAUGGAGAAUCCCGAUUACCUCACGGAAGCUUAUUUGAACUUGGCACGCAGCAAUGAGAAAUUGUGUGACUUUCAAAAGACCAUCUCGUACUGCAAAACCUGCCUCAACAUGCAAGGAACAACCAUCAGCCUGCAACUCAAUGGCCAGGUUUGUCUGAGCCUUGGCAAUGCCUUCCUGGGCCUCAGCAUGUUCCAGAAAGCCCUGGAGAACUAUGAGAAGGCGCUCCGCUACGCCCACAAUAACGAUGACAAGAUGCUAGAGUGCCGUGUGUGUUGCAGCCUGGGCAAUUUCUACAUCCAGCUCAAGGACUUUGAAAAGGCUCUCUUUUUUCCCUGUAAAGCAGCUGAGCUUGUAAAUGAUUAUGGUAAAAGUUGGAGCUUGAAAUAUCGAGCAAUGAGCCAGUAUCACAUGGCAGUGGCUUACAGGAAGUUGGGUCGUCUCCCUGAUGCCAUGGAGUGCUGCGAGGAGUCCAUGAAGAUUGCCCUUCAGCACAGUGAUCGUCCACUCCAAUCUCUGUGCCUCCUGACCUUUGCUGACAUCCAUCGCAGUAGAGGUGAUGUUCAGAAAGCAUUCCCUCGCUAUGAGUCGUCCAUGUGCAUCAUGACGGAGACGGGCAAUCGCUUGGGCCAGGUGAACAUCUACCUGGGAGUGGCUAAGUGUUGGCUUCUGCAGAAGGAGCUGGACAAGGCCUUGGCUGCAGUUGAGAAAGCAUAUGAGCUGGCAGAAGGGUUGGAACACAAGCUGAGUCUUCUCCGGGUCCACUGCCUAAACGAAGGUAUUUAUCGUGCUAAAGAGGAGCAGGCCAAACUUCGGGAACAUGUCGUCAAGUUCCAUGAGUGUGUGGAGGAAAUGGAGCUAUAUUGCGGCAUGUGUGGAGAGUCCAUAGGAGACCGAAACCAUCAGCUACAAGCGCUGCCCUGCUCCCAUGUCUUUCACCUUAAGUGUCUGCAGACAAAUGGGACAAGAGGGUGUCCAAAUUGCCGAAAAUCUUCAAUCAAGCCAGGCUUUGUAUGAUGGAUAUGGCACCAGUCGUUGAAUGGUGCUGGUUGGACAUGGACUGUUCUUGGUUUUCUUGAUGCAGUUAACCAGAGGGAGACACCAAAAUCAAGCAGAUGGUUGAACAGACAGACAUUCUAAUUUCCUUUCUCUUUGGUAACAUGGAAGCAUGUUCAGGAGCAGGCAUGUGGCAGCAAGCUGGCACCGUUUUCCUGUGUACAGUUACCUUGGAAAUCAUUCCACCUGCAUGGAGGUGAUUGUCCUUUAGGAUUCAUGUGAGCAAAGCACCUCAUUUGUUACAUUUUGAUGUUUUACAUUUUCUCCAACUGAGCUGGAGAACUCAUGCUGGCGAGUUGGCUCCUCUCAGGGCAGCUGAACUUGUUUUUUGUUUUUUUUUAACUUGUAUUAUGAUUUACUCAAGUUAUAGCAAUGUUUGUGCUCUCUGGUCUCUUCACCCUUCUGUCAGUGUCUUGGUAUCUAGUCAAGGCUUUAUUGAAUAAGCUGUUAAGAGGGUCCUGAACACUUAAUCCAACUGUAAUCCUGUUUUGUUUGACAUUGGAAUUUAUAACCUCUAGAAGAGAUAUGAUAUUGUAAGUCUUUAUACCUUCACAUCCCACUUUGGUAUACAACAUUGUGUGAAUGAAUCAUCUUUAAUCAUCAUAACCGAUAAAGUGAAGCUAUGUGUAUAGAGCUAACCACUUCAUGCUAUUGUCUGCCCAUGCCAGUUGGCAGUGCUUUUAGUAGGACUUGGAGUGACUUCUGGCACACGUGAUGCGCACACAGGCAGUGCUCAAGUG